CUUCAUUUUCGUAAUCUGCUGCCCCGAACAAGUCUAGAGCCCUGACGGCUGGUGUACCCGAUUUGUCCCUCGUGCUCGUGAUCUCACCCGACGCAAAAAUCUCUGCGUUACAGCCUCACCUUUGUAGCCCUUUGCCCUUUGGAAAGAAAAUCUUCUCAAGUCUCAACCAAAGCCAAACUCUUUUUAUCUCUCCUACUAAUCCCCCCACAUGUUCUCUUCCUCCACACGGGUUCCUGACCGUUAAUGCUUUAAUCAAAUACUUUCCCAUAUUUUCUCUCAUUUUUCUUCCUGGGUUUCUUUCUUUGGUGGAGUUUUCUCAUCUGGGUGUCUCUUGAAAUGGGCAAAAAUCAAGCUUACAAAGCUAUGCAGAGAGCCAGGCUGGGCUCCAGCUCUGCUGCGGCUGAGGAGAUUGAAGACGGCAUGGUGGAUGGUUCAUUUCAUUCGCCAGAGUGGCAUGCUGCUCGUUUGGCCAGUCUUAGAACUUCUCACACUAUCACCUGGGAAGAGUUUAAAAAAAAGCAAAAGGAAGACGAAAUGAAAAAGGGGGAACUGGAAGCAGAUAAAGAUAGAAUGAUGAGAGAAUACAGAGCUCAACUGGAUGCUGAAAGGGCACGCAAACUUGCCCAAGGAAAAAACAACUCCAGUAGUAAAUAUAAUCACAAAAAAGAUAAGGACAAAGAAUUAAAGAAACGAGGCAGCAGAAAGAGAAAGAUUCAACACUUGUACACUCUAGAACAGCUACAAGAUCGAGUCUUCACUCUCAUUAUAAGGCCCCUGGGUGCCUUCCUAUUUUGGAACUCCUGCCAAGCCUUUGCUCACUUGAUAUGAGAAAGGUGAUGCUAAAUCCAAUGUUGGCCAUUCUUCCUUUGAAAUUUUAGACGCAUAGGGUAAGCACUUAUCUAAAUUCGUUACUAUCACAAGGGAACCAUCCUUUUUGUGUAUAAUAUCCUGUUGGCAUGGCUCUGGUUGGACCAGUGAUAGUGAUGAUCUUGGAGGAAAUAAAUUGCAAAGCAUGAGAGAAAGAAACUAAUUUUAUCAAGAGGAAGAGAGCAUUUUAUUUUGAGUCAAGGGGAACUGAUGAAUUUGUAAUAAGAUCAGAAGUGCUGGUGGAACUAUGAUCAAGAAAUUUAGGGACAGUUGAACAGCCAUGCAUAAGUUUGAAUAGAUUAUGUUUUGGGUCCCCUUCAAAUCCACACAAUAACUAUGUAAACUUAAACUUUGGUUUCAAACUUUCAAGUCAUGCCAACUCCAUGCAAGUUUGGGAGGGCUUGAAGGUACUACUCAAAGAAAAAUAAUGUUUAAAACUUCAGUUUAGAAUAUAUUGCUUCUAAUUGAAAACAUAGAAGCUUAGUCGUAUAAACCGGACUUCCCGGGUUCAAAACUCCACAUUCUCACUCUUGGGGCGAUCGGACUAGGAUAAUCUCUCUUUAAAUUACCUAAGGUACACUUCUAGGAAAUCCCUUGCCUAGAGCCUAUGCACCACCAGGAUUAGUUAGACGCCAGGUGCCAAAAAAAAAAAAAAAAAAAAAAAAGAAGAAGAAGAAGAAAAGAAGCUUAGAAUCACAAAUACUACAAAUAAGAUUUUGUUGUUAUUUAUUUUUCAAAUAAAAGACUGUUAGGGAUGACAUGCCAACAUAACUCGGUAAUGA